AUGGCAGUCGUCAUCGUCCUCGAGCUGGCGACGCCUCUCCCCACGCGCUGGGCACGACCAUCACCACCCAUGGCCACCAAGCUGGAGGCGGAGAGGCUGCCCCCCCGCCUGCCCGCGGGUUCCCUCUCCUCCACUCCCCUCAGCACGCCCUGCUCCUCCGUGCCUUCCUCGCCCAGUUUCUGCGCUCCCAGUCCCGGUGGGCAACCGGCUCCUGGUCCCACCGCCUCAUCCCUGGGCUCCAAACCUCAACUGGAGGAGCUGUACUGGAUGUCGGGUUACCAGCAUCACCUCAACCCCGAAGCUCUCAACCUGACGCCGGAGGACGCGGUGGAGGCGUUGAUCGGCGCCCCUCACCACCAUCAUCAUCACCACCAAGGUUACGAAGCUUUCCGACCUCAACCUUUCGGUGGCGAGGAGCUACCCCCGGCCGCCCACCACCACCCGGGCCACCACCACCACCAUCCCCCCCACCUGCGGUUGGAGGACCGCUUCUCCGACGAUCAGCUGGUGAGUAUGUCGGUGCGGGAGCUGAACCGGCAGCUGCGGGGCUUCAGCAAGGAGGAGGGGAUCCGCCUCAAGCAGAAGAGGAGGACCUUGAAGAACCGGGGCUACGCUCAAUCCUGCCGUUACAAGCGGGUCCAGCAAAGGCACAUCUUGGAGAACGAGAAGUGUCAACUCCAGAGCCAGGUGGAGCAGCUCAAGCAAGAGGUGACCCGCUUGGCCAAGGAAAGGGAUCUGUACAAAGAAAAAUACGAGAAGUUGGCCGGCCGGGGCUUCCCGAGGGAGCCCUCGCCUCCCCUGCACCCCCAGACCUCAUCCCCCUCUUUUUUUUUUUUUUUUCAGCUGCUUCGGACUCAGGGGAUUGUUUUUUGUCCAGAGGGGUCGGCCAUCCUGGAUCUGGCCGUGCUCCUGUUGGCUUAUGGGAUGCUAAGCUGGAAGGAGGAUCCUGGGAACUACAGGCCUGUCAGCCUGGCCUCGGUGCCUGGGAAGGCUAUGGAGCAGAUAAUCUGGAGUGUCACCAUGCAGCACAUAAAGGACAAUCAGGACAAGAUGACCAACUUUGUGGAUGAAGGAAAAGAUGUGGAUGUUGUCUACCUGGACUUUA